AUGACCGAACGGGUAUCACUCUUGAAAGCAUUAGCCAAUUCUGGAUCAUCAAAAGUGAUCCAAAAACUCACACCAGACCAAACAAUCCCUACCAUAUCGAAAGCCAUCGAAUUAAUUGAAAACCAUGAUCCAACGGACAAGGAAAGAGUUGAAAAAUUCCACACACCAAGAUAUGUCUCAUCAGGAUCCCAUUUCUCAUUCACAACCCCCAUGAAAAGAUCGCAUUACAAACCAAUCUUAGUCUCCAAAGAAACAUUAGAAAAUGAUUUCCAGUUAGACAUUGAGAAUGAUCCUUUAAUUCCAAAGAUCCUAAGUGGUGAGAAAAUAUAUUACGAUGAAGAUAAAUCAAUAUUCCCUUAUAGUCUUGCCUAUGCGGGCUACCAAUUCGGAUCCUUUGCUGGUCAAUUAGGUGACGGUAGGGUAGUCAAUUUGUUUGAUUAUAUGAAUCAUACUUUCCAAUUGAAAGGAUCAGGGAAGACUCCAUUUUCAAGAUUUGCUGAUGGUAAAGCUGUUUUGAGAUCAUCAAUUAGAGAAUUCAUCAUUAGUGAAGCCUUGUAUAAUAUUGGAAUUCCAUCAACGAGAGCUGUACAAUUGACUUUAUUGCCUGGAACAAAAGCAAUAAGAGAUGGUAGUGAACCAUGUGCAUUGGUUUGUAGAGUGGCUCCUAGUUGGAUACGAUUUGGUAGUUUUGAUUUAUUUAAAUGGAAGCCCAAUUUGGUUGGUUUAAUUAAAUUGACUGACUAUUGUAUUGAAGAUGUGUUUCAUAAUGGGGAAGGUUUCCCGAAAGAUAUUGAUUUAGCAAAAUUUAAUAAAGAUUAUUUCCCUGAUUCUAAGGAUGAAGAAAAUAUUAGUUCGUCCUCAUUGCAUGAAGAAAAGCAAGAUCAGGAACAAAAAGAGGGACUUACUAACUAUGAUCAAUUUUUCAGACAUGUGGUUAAUUUAAAUGCAGAAUGCGUUGCAUAUUGGCAAGCUUAUGGAUUUUGCAAUGGUGUUUUGAAUACUGAUAAUACAUCGAUCAUGGGGAUUUCUCUGGAUUAUGGACCUUUUAGUUUCUUGGAUAAAUUUGAACCUGAUUUCACACCAAAUCAUGAUGAUUAUACUAAGAGAUAUUCCUUUGCCAAUCAACCUAGUGUUAUAUGGUGGAAUUUAAUUCAACUUGCGCAAGAUAUUGCCGUUCUUUUAGGAGCAGGACCCAAACAUAUUAAUGAUAUUUUACAAAUGCAAAAUGGUGAAGAUAUUGAUAAAUUCGAUGAUGAUUUAGAAAAGGAAUUUGUCAAUAGAGCGAAUAAUAUGAUAAGAUUGUGUUCAAGUGAAUAUAAAUAUAGAUUUACCACAAAAUAUGCGGAUUUAAUGGGUAAAAGACUUGGAAUAGAUUUAGAUUUACCUAAGAAAUUAACAAACGAUGUUGAUCUUGAUAAGUUAAGUAUCGAGAUUCAAGAAUUUUCCACUUUUAUCAUUGAUCCAUUGUUAGAAAUUUUACAACAUACGAAGAUUGAUUACAAUAAUUUUUUUGUUAAUUUGCAAUCAUAUGAUGGUCCCUUCUUUGUUAACGAUGAAGGAAAUUUGUUCAAUGGAUUAGAUGAAGAUUUUAUUAAGAUAUUUUUCAAAGACGAAGAAAUGAGGAAGAUCAAGGAAUUUUACGAGAAAGCUAGCGGUGAUCUUAACAGAACCACAUCUAGAGAUUCAGGUGAAACACGGUUUCUCAUUAGAACCAUGGAUAAACUGAAAGAAUGGUGCAUUUCUUAUUGCAGGUUAGUUCCUGAUGCGGAAAUACGGAAAUCAGUAGCUAAAAAAAAGAAUCCACUUUUUAUACCAAGAAGUUGGAUAUUUGAAGAGGUAAUUGACAAUUUAACCUUAGAGCAAAGAGAGAAAUUGGAUUACCCCGAAGCUGAUUUAGAUACAUCUCUAUUACAAAAACUUCAUUUAAUGAGUCUACAUCCUUAUGACAAUACUGAAUGGGAUGAUAAUUUAAGGGCAGAAGUGGUUGAAAGGUGGACGACUUUAAAACAUGCUAGUAGAGAUGAUAAGAAUAAGUUUAUGAAACAAUUAAGUUGCUCCAGUUAG